ACUCUGCGGUAUAUAAACUGGGUCGGACGUCAAACAUCCCUCACUGGGAGUCACUAUGCGCUGAUGCUCCGCCACAUGCACGCAUCACUGUUGGCAAUACAAGCCUCGCAUCAGCACAGCAGACUCAAACCACAUCUGACCGGCACGAUGGAUGGUCCACAGAAAGACCGCAGACAGUCUCACUUGUGGAUAUUGACGUUACUGACAAUUGUCUAACAUCUAGCACUGGAUAACGCGGUCUCUUCCAACUUCUUCUUCUGGCUACGGAUUGCUGAGCUGGAUCUUGUUCUACGGGCUUUUGAAGAAGGAUUUUAUUUAUUCUAAUCUGUAUUUGUCAUCACGCCAUCACCACUUGGAAUAGGAGCGUUUUUGUUGGAAGACAAACUGAUUUUUUAAGGAUACGCACAUCAAACUCUAAAGAAUGGCCGUUUGGUUCACCGCUGUCCUUACAAUAGUUGUAACAUUAUUCACUCAGGUUCUGGGAUCAGGUGUGUUCGAGUUAGAUCUCCAUCACUUUCAGAAUACUAAAGGUUUGCUGGCCAAUGGACUUAGUUGCAGCAUGACUGGCUGCACGACUUAUUUCAGGGUUUGUUUGAAGAACUUCCAGACGGUGGUGUCUCCUGGAGACUGUAUAUUUGGCAAAGCCACCACACCUGUUCUGGGCACCGACUCCUUCAGCAUCCAGCAGGACGCCAGGCUGCGUCUGCCGCUCAACUUCACCUGGCCGGGUGCUUUCUCGUUAGUUAUUGAAGCCCGGUAUUCUCCUGCAGCGGACCUUCCUGGAGAUACCACCAAGCCUGAAUUCUUGAUUAGUUCUUUUUCCAUGAAAGGACAUUUGGGAAUAGGGCCUGAGUGGUCCCCGGAUGUGAAGAAGGUGGCGCAGACGGAGCUAAGGUACUCAUACCGGUUCAUCUGCAAUGAACAUUACUACGGGGACACUUGUUCCAAAAUAUGCGCGCCGAGAGACGACCUUUUUGGCCACUACACCUGCAAGCCUGACGGGCAAAUAGCCUGUCUACCGGGAUGGAAGGGAGAAUACUGCCAAGAACCAAUCUGUCUGGAAGGGUGCAACGAAAAUAAUGGAAACUGCACAUUACCUGGAGAGUGCAAAUGCAGAGAGGGCUGGCAGGGACUCUUCUGUGAUGUGUGUAAACUCCAUCCAUCCUGUAAACAUGGUACCUGUAAAGAGCCGUGGCAGUGCACCUGCAAGGAGGGCUGGGGAGGAAUCUUUUGUGACCAAGAUCUGAACUACUGCACCCAUCACAAACCCUGUGCCAACGGGGCCACGUGCAUGAACACGGGUCAGGGCAGCUACACCUGCACCUGCAUGCCUGGCUUCAACGGGGUUAACUGUGACUUGCAGGUCAGGGAGUGUGACAGCCAGCCCUGUCGCAACGGAGGCCACUGCCUGGACUCUGAGAAUGGCUAUAGGUGUGAGUGCCCACAAGGGUUUGAAGGGACACACUGUGAGAACAGGAAACUGACCUGCGCAGAUACACCCUGCUUUCACGAGGGCAAAUGCAAAGAAAGGGACAAUGGAAACACUUACAUAUGCGACUGUCCAGCAAGCUACACUGGGCUCAACUGUGAGAAGAAAGUGGAUAAAUGUACCUCCCUGCAAUGCACCAAUGGUGGACACUGUGUGAACCACGGUAACCUCCAAUUGUGCAGCUGCCGCUCAGGCUUCUCAGGACUCCGCUGCGAGAUCAACAUCAACGAGUGUGCCCGGAGCCCGUGUGCAAACGGCUCCACCUGUAUUGACGGCAUCAACGGCUACACCUGCACCUGCGCCCCCGGGUACACAGGCCGCCACUGUGACAAGCUGACGGACAGCUGUGCCCUUCAACCCUGCCUGAACGGUGGCACCUGCACCACUGGAGCCAAAGGCCAGCCGACCUGUAUCUGCCCCGCCCAUCACAGCGGCCCCCAGUGCCAGUCCGACGAGGGGCCUUCCCCCAACACCCCCAGCCCCAACAAAGGCUGGGAUUCUGGCAACAAGUUGACUUUGGCAGCCAUCUGCUUGGGAGUGGUUCUGGUGGCUGUUCUGGUGCUUUUCUGCAUGGUAGCAGUAGUCGUUCGUCAUGUCAAGAGACAGAAAAGCAGGAAGAAGCAGGACUCUGAGACCAUGAACAAUCUCUUCAAGGCUGACUUUCAGAAAGAGAACCUCGUCUCUAUACCGGAGCUCAAGAACAACAACAAAAAGGUUGAUGUGAAGUUGGACAGUACCAAGGAAAAGUUAAAUCACAAACACAUCAACCACUAUCACCAGGACUAUAAAACCUCCAUGGGGUACAAGGAUGAACUGUCCCUUCUGGACAAAGAUGAAAACUGUGAAAAGAGAAUAGAAGAAAAAAAACAUUUGAGUAGAAUGUACAGGGAAAGACCAGAGUGUAAAAUAUCAACAAUAUGUUCUCCCAGAGAUUCAAUGUACCAGUCUGUCUUUUUGGAAGAGAAAAACGAAUGCAUCAUUGCAACUGAGGUAUAAUUCACGACGGAUAUUUUCCACUGUCAACAUUGGAUUUCUUGUGGACUGUUUACAAAUGUGGAGAGACUGGGAUUUAUUUAACUGCGAGUUGCUGCUCUUGAAAACUUGAUAACUGGAUGGAGCCGAUGUGCUCCUCGAACUCGAUAGAACUGAAGCUACUAAUCUUCGUGGGAAUGUAAAGACUGAAAAGACUAUAAAUAAUGAGCAAACCCGACUUGCGGAUGCGCCUUUGAUGUUUUCGACACAAACCCUCGUCCGCUCCGUCCAAGUUCAUCCAAGGGCAACAGGCCAACGUGUCUAUGCCUGCGUGUUGAUUAGAGGACUAUCUUGAUGUACUGCGGUAAUUAGCAAUCAACAAAUCAACUUACUGCCAACAGGCCUGUGGAGGGAGCCAGCCUUUUCCAAUUAUGUGGCCUGCAAUGCGCUAUGCAAACAACAAUCAGCAUUGUGCUUAAUCAGAAAGGGACAACAACUACUGAAAACGGUUCAUAUCAAGGAUAUUUAAGGUUUAAUUGUUUUUUUAAUAAAGAAUGUAUGCAGCCUAGAUCACAAAGCCUUAUAAAUGUGUUUAAAAGCAUUGUGCCCCGCCUUAUCUUGAGUCCUUUGCACAUCAAAAUAUACAUAAAGGAUCAAAAGAUGCAAUAUGCUGUUAUAGCGCCAUGCAGGAAAACUCAUGAUAAGGCAUUGUUCCACCUUAUGCAAGAUCACCCUUACAUGAAGACAAAGAAAUACAUGAAGUGACUAUCGUACCAAGGACGCCUUCAAAGAAAAUUACUGAACCAAUAAUGUUAUUUUGUAAGAUUAGUAUUUCAUUAGUUAAUUUAAGAAUAUGAAGCACUAAUAUUUCUCUUUCUGUGUUUUAUAAAAUUAUUUUGUAUAUACUGUAUAUUUAUAUGUUGAGAUUAGAAGUAUGAAUUGUCUUUAAGUUGAUGCCCAGAAAAAAGUUGAAUUUAUUUUUUAAGUGUUGUUGGUGUUUAAUUUGUAUUAUUUUUGUUAUAAAAAGACACAAUGAACACAUAUCUGGUACACUGUUUGUUUGUUGGUCGGGUGCACAUUUGGUCAAAUAGAUCUCCUAAUUUAAAUGUUGGAAUCAUCUAGAAAUUGUAUUUGCUUCAGCCGGUGUGGAAGUGGCUAUAUUGUCUAUAGAUUCAAUGCUAUUUGGCCUUGUAGCAUUUCUAUUGGUUCCAUGUCUAUGUCUAUGAUGUCUGUGUCAGUGUAAUGUGGAAUCAAUGUGCUAGCAAUCAAUCAGUGGACAGUCAUGUCAUAGGAAAUACUCAAACAAAAAUAUAUAUAUUUAAAAAAAUAAAAAAUGUAUGUGAUAAUAAAGAAUC